CUCUCGUAGUAUCUUCCCUUUCUUCUUCCCCAAUCUUUCUUCUUCAAAUCCUCUUCUUCCUCAAUUCCUUCCGUUCUCUUCUUAAUUCAGUCUCUUUCUCUCCCUCAACUCGCCGGAAUCAAUCAACCCUUCUCCGACCCCGACUGUUACUCUCAUAAUGAGCAGAGGAAGCGGAGGCGGCUACGAUCGCCACAUCACGAUCUUCUCGCCGGAAGGUCGCCUCUUCCAAGUCGAAUACGCUUUCAAGGCGGUGAAGGCGGCUGCUGUUACCUCGAUCGGCGUCCGCGGCAAGGACUCCGUUUGCGUUGUCACCCAGAAGAAGGUUCCGGACAAGCUUCUGGAUCAGACUAGCGUCACCCACCUUUUCCCCAUCACCAAGUACCUUGGAUUGCUGGCUACGGGGAUGACAGCUGAUGCAAGGACAUUGGUCCAACAAGCCAGAAAUGAAGCUGCUGAGUUCCGGUUCAGAUAUGGCUAUGAAAUGCCAGUAGAUGUAUUGUCAAAAUGGAUAGCAGAUAAGUCACAGGUUUAUACACAACAUGCCUACAUGAGGCCGCUUGGAGUAGUUGCUAUGGUUUUGGGCAUUGAUGAUGAGAAGGGGGCUCAACUUUAUAAAUGUGACCCAGCUGGGCACUUUUACGGACACAAGGCCACAAGUGCUGGAUUGAAAGAACAAGAGGCUAUCAAUUUUCUGGAGAAGAAAAUGAAAAAUGAUCCUGCAUUAUCCUACGAUGAAACAGUGCAGGUUUGUCCUCGUAUUCUUCGAGGAGAAGAGUCCAUAAAGAGCUUCCUUUUGCUUGCUGUUACUUGUAUUGUUUUCACUUUUUUUUUUUUUUUUGUCCAAUGUCUUCUGUGAUACUGGCACACUGCCCUGUGCCUUUUAUUGUACGCCCCUGAUAUCAUCACUGCCUGCUGUUGUUCUCAGACUGCCAUUUCUGCUCUGCAAUCUGUUCUGCAAGAGGACUUUAAGGCCACUGAGAUUGAGGUAGGAGUGGUGAGAGCAGAGAAUCCAGUAUUCAGGGUUUUGUCUACCGAGGAAAUAGAUGAACACUUGACUGCCAUUAGUGAGCGUGACUGAUUAAAAAGUGGCUCGCUCGCUCGCUCGCUUGUACACUGCUGCUGCCAGGGGAAGAUGAUGUGUGCAGUGCACUUCGGGAAAUCGGUCCUCUUAACUAUGAGUCUGUUGUUUAGAAGAACUAGUGGUUGGGAGAUUCAGAAGGAGACUUCAAUUGAGGUGUUGCUUUGAAUUGUUUUAUGUGGUAGUCCUUUGAAUUAUUCUCGAAACAAGGCUGUAUACGAAGAACAGAAGUAGAGCAGCAGAUUGCAGGGUAGGGUUUGGAGUACUGAACAGAUCAUAUUGAAUCUUACCUGCUUCCAUUUACUAAUCGAGAGAAGAGGGAGAGCACUUUCAUGGAAGUCAUUAUGAGAUUUCUACUUUUUGAAUCAUUUAAAUACGAUAUUUCAUACUAAAUUAGAAAAGCAGAGCAUUUGGCAAUAACCCAUGAUUAGUGGC